AUGGACGGCGUCAAUGUUAACGCCAGAGAUCAAUGGGCUCUGCUGGCUCUGGCAAACGAAGCAAUGCAGUUUUCAGUCAACUCCACUGCCGACGGCACCAAGAAGGAUAGCAAUGGCGUCGAUUGGCUCAUGGUUGUCAAGGGUCUCUUGCCAAUGAUCACCCUUGCUCUUGGAUUUGGAGGCAGAACUCUGAUGGAUCAUUUCUUCCUUGUCAUGACCACGCUCGCUGAAGUCGAGGCGCCCAUCGCCGGCGGCGUCGACUCGGCCGAUUCUGGAUCUGAGAAGUAUGGUCUGCUCGAAGGAUCCAACUACAAGGACAAGGCUCGUCCGUCCGUCUCAGUAGGACCUCGAUACGUGACCUCUAGUCUUCGUGCUACCAUACGCCAUCUCAAUGCCGAAGCAGGCGACCUAAGCAUGUUCAGAGGUAUUGGCGCCAAAGCCUUCAUCUACAUCCUUAUGGUACCGGUAGCUUUCGUGAGCGAAUUCGUCGCUGGCUAUCUACCCUACGUCAAGAGUGGGCAUAUCUCGGGCUCUAUUGCAGAGCUCAUCGCUGCACUCAUUGCAUGCCAGCUCUGGGCGGGCCUCAUGCACAUCAUCAUCUCGAAGCCGCGCAACAAAUUCUGGUUCCGCCGCCUACCACUAUCAUUUAUCGGAGUCUUGCGUCACGCUUGGUUUGCCAUCAUUGUCAACAAUCUGUCUGACGACCUUCUCGAAUGGGCCAUUCGUUACUUCACAAGCUUCAGCAAGUCAAAGGUUCCCAAGGUUGAACAUGUAGAACUGGAUAAUACCAAGCCGUUUCAGCUGAGUCAGGGACCUAUAGUGGAGAUCAGCAUCGCUAUCGUCUUAUGGAUGUUUGCCAAAUCUCUGCUACGCUCGCAGAUCAAGCCUUUGAUCAAAAUAGCAGUCCUGAAGCCUGUGCAGGCAAUCGAAGGCCGCGUUAUGUCGUCUAUGCUCAGAGAUGACGAAGACCCAGUCGUUCCGAUGGACCGUAGCUUCCAAGGACGCCCACAAUCAGGCGGUAUUCUUCAACAGCAACCAGAACCUCUGGACUUCACAGCCGCCGCUCGUACCAUUGACAAAGAGACAUAUUUGCGUCUAGUCAAGCUAGAAGUCAAGAUGCACUUCAUCAGUCAGUUCGUGCAGUGGGCCUUUUGGACUUUGAUCUUCGCCGAGGUUGUCUACUUCAUCGGCCCUAGUUCUGUCUGGCUUGUUCUGAAGCUCAUCAGCGGUACACCCAUCACUCAAGCGGAUCUGAAUCGCACGACAGGCAAUAUGGCCAGAGGUCUCUUCGAAAAGGUGAUUGCUGCUCCUGGUAACUUCACGGUCACCACGGUCAACACGACCUCUAGUCCUCUCUCGCUCGAUCAGUAG